AUGGUGUAUUCUCCGACAUUGAUGAUGGGGCAACCUAUGUUUCCGCAGCGGGUCGAAAGGCACUUUAUCCACGCUAUCUCAAUGUCAGAAGUGCACAUCUCUAGCCAUUUCAAUACUCUACCACGUCAUGGCUAUCAACGACUAAACCGACAUAGAAUCCUUACUACUUGGGACUGCUGGCAUUGCCUCAGAAAUUUGCUCUUCGUUGUGGUCCUGACGCUUAUUGGAUACAAGUUCAUAUACUGGCCGUCGCCUAAGAAUUGCAUCACAUUUCCACUUUUACGUAACGAUGAAAGCGACCAGUUAUUGGAGAUAUGUGCCGGAUUAAGUAUAGCCAUGAAGACCGGGCGAAUAUUCUACAUUUCUAACAAAAGUCGUAGUGAAAAGGCGUCGCAGGCAAUCGAGAAACUGGGACGCUGGUUUCCAGAGUUGGGAAAGAAGAUUAAAUUUUCACUCGAGCAAACUUCGCCCUUUUAUGUACCUUAUACGGAAGCCAUAAAAGCUCAUCUAGGGCAACUGGCGCACAAAGGUGAAUGUAUUCUGUUGGACUCGGAGUAUAGCUACAAUGCUGAACUGUUCUAUGAUUAUUAUUUGGAACUGAGAGACAUUCUCAAGUUCUCUUACGAUGUCAGCUCUAGGGGUGACGAAUUGCUUGAAGAGAGUGAAGUAAAAAAUAGGUAUAUGGCGUUGUGCGUCCACGUUGGAAGAGGCACUAUUGUCGAUACCGAACUUGAUCCCAGCAUGCAUGAAAUUGUUAAAGCUGCACGAGAAAUUUCCAUAAAGACUAAUCUCAACGAAUUCUACAUCUUCUCAGAUGAUAUGAAAUUCGCUUCAUCACUUGAGUACUUGUUACAUGUGAAUAAAAAUUGGCAACCGCAUGUGCACGUGACGAAGAACUCUGAAGUCCUCGAUCUAUAUAUUGCACGUCAAGUUUGUGGUGCUGUUCUGCUCACCAGCCAUCGGUCAACCCUCGGAUGGUGGUUAGGAUUUCUAGCGUCAAUGCCCAGCAAGGUCUUCUAUAUGAGAUCUGCAUAUGAAAACGGAUUCGGUGUACAAAUGUUUUUACCUUCAUGGAUACCGUACACAGAGUGGAAGACAAACAACAAAAGCAUGGGGGUCACGAAAUCCUGA